GAGACACUGCUGCUCCCUCAUCUCCUCUCUGGUCCAUCUGAGGGGCUCUAACAGCCCAGCAGGAGAUACCAAAUCUGGGCAGGAGCCUUACCACCUCCCCCUUUCUGUCUGCUGGAUCCCCUGGGCCAGGCACUGCGUGCUUAGGGCGUGUGCGUUUGCACGUGUGUGUGAGAGAGGAGCCAAGUCGGUCACACAGACAGCAGGAAAACGAGCCGAGACAGCAUCCAUCUACCAUCUACCACAUCAGAACGAGAGGAGAGCGGGAGGAAGGAAGAAUAGACUGAUUGCUGGUGCUGCAGACGGAGGCAUGGAGGAGAGGUGUGUGUCAGCCAUGUGUGUGUGGAGCUGAGGCGUCAGUCACGGGCUCUGGCGGACGGACAGUCGGAGGGAAGGAGGACUGGAAUGUGGAUGUUGCCUGCCUGUCAGAGGGAAACGAUGCUGUGAGCUGGGGCUUAGCAGGCAGAUCUCUGUGUCUCUGUGUCUCUUUCUCUCCUCCCUGCACACAGAGGAAAGAAACAUUAGCUGCUAGCUCCAUCUCUCCGCUGCUCUGCUCAGCUGACGCUCUAUCUCUCUCUCCCUCUCCUCUCGCAUCCCUUCAUCUCUCUGCUCCAACCACAGUCUCCCUGGAAAUUAUCUCACACUGGAUGUUGCAGUCAGACACUGCUCUGCUCGCUGAAUAGCAUCGGCUUUCACUAGGAAUUUACUAAUCAGAGCAAUGAGUCUGGUCCUGUGGAGAGCCAGUGGAUUUCACAGUGAUUCCCGUCCACCACUCGGAUAUACAGAGUUGGAGUUUUGACACAAGCUCAUCUACGCAGGCCUGUCAGAGUUGUGUCCUCCCGGGGGUUGACGCUCCCUCCACCAUCCCUCCUCCUCCUCCCCCUCCUCCACCAACACCACGGCUGGCUCCUUUCCCGCUGGCUCCUCCACCGCUGGCUCCUCAGUCCGAGCAGGACUGCUCCACUACAUCUUUAAUAGACAUCUCUCAAAGCAUUGCCUUCCAUGGUUUCUGCCCUGCUCCAGACCCUAUCAUCUUACAUCGUGAAGAUUUGCAAAGGAAUGUUUACAAAGAAAUUGGCGAAUCCCACAAAGAAGAAAGAGAGUAGCGACAAUAAAGAGCCCAAAUUGACCACCACUGAUUUGCGUGAGCAAGGUAACCUGACGCCGACACUCUCUACCACUCUGAAAACCACAGUGAAAAAUAUCAGCAAAUGCUCUUCAGCGCGUAACAUCUCUCUUGAAUUAGACGACGGAAAAAACGACUGCUCAUCUCUCUCACCGACUUUCAGUUACCGUGUAGCGAUAGCGAAUGGACUCCCGAAAAACACUCUUCUGCUGAACAAUAAUGAGAGUAUCUUCCAGGAGAUCCUCUCCAUCAAUAGCGAAUACUCUGACUCCCUGAGCGAGGCCAAACCUGUGCUUAGAUUCGAUGAGCAGAAAUCUCACACCAUGCCAGUGAGACGGAAUAGGAAGAGCCUCAUUAGUCUGGCGCCCUCCGAUGGCAGCUCAGAGGGUGAGAGGGUGGAGCGCUCAAGUCUGCACACUCUCCGACUUGGCGCGCUACGCAAGCUGAGGAAAUGGAAAAAGAGUCAGGAGUGCGUGUCUUCGGACUCCGAGGUGAGCAACUGGAGGAAGACCCUGGGUAUCCGGAGCAAGUCCCUGGACCGGGCUGGGAGGCAGCAGAAAUCGACCUCUGCCUUAGAAGCCGGCUCCAGCUCUACAGGCUGCAUCAACCAAACCCAGGAUGUGAUGGAGAUGAUCUUUAAGGAGCUGCAGGGCAUCAGCCAGAUUGAGACAGAGCUUUCAGAGCUCAGGGGACACGUCAAUGCCCUGAAGAACUCCAUCGACGAGAUCUCCUCCAGCGUGGAGGUGGUGCAGACCGAGAUCGAACAACUGCGUACUGGCUUUGUCCAGUCCCGGAGAGAGACGCGAGACAUCCACGACUACAUCAAGCAGGUCAGCCACCAGGCCAACAAGGCCAGCCUGAGGUUCAUAAACGUCCCUGAGGAGAAGCUGGAGAAAACUGAGAGUCUCAUCUAUCACAUUCUAAAGGACAAAAUGGGAUUUGCUGAAGCACAUAAAACACUUAAAAUAGAGCUAGCCCAUCGGUUAGGGCAACAAAGAGAAUGUUCCAAUGCAAAACCUAGGCCUAUUAUUGUAAUAUUCUCAACCCCCUCAGAUAGAGAUUUAGUUUUGAAAAAAUGCUACAAACUGAAGGGGACUGGUAUAUCUGUAUCCACUGAUAGCUUAACGACUCAUGAUGUGAAGGAAAAGAAAGAUAAAGGAGAAAUGUCCUCUUCUCAAACCUACGAGAGCAUGGACAUUAAGGCCUCAGCCAAGGACAAAGCUGAGAGUGAUGACUGGGACUCUAUGGACAGUGACAAGGAGCUAGACGAACUAAACAGGAACAAAUAUGCAAUGGUGGUGUCUAAGCCCGUUCACAAACAUAAAGCAGAUAAAAAGAGGCACGGUCACCAUGAGCACGGUAGCCGGUCUGCGGAUGAGGCAGGCUACUCUGCCUCAGUUCACUACGCUGAUGACUCCUAUGAUGAGUCUGACAAAGCCUCCAAGCCCUACUAUGGUGACCUCACCCCCGGCUGGCUUUCUCAGAGCGACUACUCCACCCCCAAGCUCAGCCGCUCCGAGUCUGACUGCUCCAAGCUCUGCCAGUCCUACUCUGAAGACUUCUCAGAGAGCCAGUACUUCAGCCGGCCCAAUGGCAGCUCUCUACUAUCCUCCUCAGACCAGGAGCUGUGGCAGAGGAAGCAGGAGGACAUGGCGUCAUCAUGGUAUGCCAGCCAGACUCUCAGCCAGGAGAACCCUCCGUACACCGAACCAAACGAGGCCGAGACCACAGAGACCAUUGACAGUGGGGUGAGCAAUGGGCUGGUCUGCAUGUCUGGGGAUAGGAGCCAUUACAGCGGCUCACAGCUGUCUCUGCAGGGAGACCUCUCCCCAUGGAAGGACUGGCCUCACCUGGAGCAGGGAGCAGACUCCGGGCUGGACGCUUCCACAGAGCAGAACCUGGUGUCUGAGGUCAGCAGCCCCUUUGACCCAGCUGCCAUCCCUGGCUUCCCUGAGAACAUCACCAAAUGUCAGGAGGUGGACCUGGCAUUUGAAGGGGAGGAGACUUUCAUGUUGGAUAUGGUGGAAAGCACCCUCUUGGACACUGCCCCACUGGAGAUCACCCAACUAGAGAGUGCCCGGCUGGGUAGUGCUCCCCCCACUACUCUUUAUACAGCCCCUAUCGUAGCGAAAGAAACUGUUGUAACACCACCUGUCCAUAAGCCUACAGCUAAAGAGACUGCGAAAACACUUCCUAAAGAAACUCCUAAAGCAGCUCCUAAAGCUAAAACACCUCCUAAAGAGUUAGCUAAAACUGUUCCUAAAGAGAUUGCUAAGACUAUUCCUAAAGAGUUAGCUAAAACUGUUCCUAAAGAGAUUGCAAAGACUAUUCCUAAAGAGGUUGCUAAAACAAUUCCUAAAGAGGUUGCUAAAAUUAUUCCUAAAGAGGUUGCUAAAACCAUUCCUAAAGAGGUUGCUAAAACUAUUCCUAAAGAGGUUUCUAACACUAUUUAUAAAGUGACUUCUAAACCGGUAAAAGAGGUUGCUAAAUCAAUUGCUGAAGAAGCUGCUAAAACUAUUAAACUAAGAGAAACAGCUAAAAUUAUUCCUAAAGAGAAUGUUAAAACACCUCCUAAAGAAAUUGUUAAAGCUAUUCAUACAGAGGCUCCUAAAACACCUCUGAAAGACACUCCCAAAACAAGCCCAAAAGAAACUCCCAAAACAAGUCCGAAAGACACUCCCAAAACAAGUCCAAAAGAGGCUGUGAAAAUACUUCCCAAAGACACUCCUAAAACAAGUCCAAAAGAGGCUGUGAAAAUACUUCCCAAAGACACUCCUAAAACAAGUCCAAAAGAGGCUGUGAAAACACCUCCCAAAGACACUUCUAAAACGUGUACAAAAGAGACACCUAAAAUGGUCCCUAAAGGGGCAUCUAACACACUUCCUAAAAUGGCAGCUAAAGAAGCCCCUGAACUAUCCACCCAAACAUUCCCUGAGCUUGAUGUCAAACACAGCUUCCAACCGAGCCAGACCAAAUCAUCCACCAUGUACCGUAGCCAGAGCGAGAUCCGGUCCGAGAAAGUUGUAGAGGAGGUGCCCAAGUCCUGGAGCAGCCGCCUCAGCAUCGAUCUCACCGACAAAGCUCCAUCCUUCAGCUUUGGGUUCGGCUCCACCUUGAAGAAGGCAAAAUCAGCCCUGGAGGUGGUGUGGAAGUCAGGCCCUCCACCUAGUGCCGCUCCCCCAGAGCCACCCCCAGACUCAGGCUCCUUCAUGGGCCGGUUCUGCACACUGUCCACCUCCACGGCCAACGACUCCAGCACCACCAUCGACUCAGACGUCUACACCGAUUCCUUCGUCUACAAGGCUGAAGAUGAAGAUGAGGCUACCGCUGGUGACCAGCUGGUGGACAACGAGACUGCCUAUGUCGGGGUGAUGGAGCAGGUCCUGGCCAACCUGGAGAACCGGUCCAAUGCCAACGACACAGAAGAGACAGAGGAGUUUGAGGAGCCCAUACUGGAUUAUGAUCCUGAUGCCUCUCAGGAUUAUGUCUCUGAGGACUAUGAGGCUACCACCCAGGAUUACGAGGACUCUGAUGAAGUUGAGGCCACCCAGGAGGCUGCAGUCGUUCUGGAGUAUGACUGUAGUCUGGACGAGCAUUACGACGAAGAGUACAGUGAGGAUUACGUUGAUGAUGCCAUGACGGGGGACACGGCAGAGGACACAGCAGAGUAUGAGGCCAUGGUGGAGUAUGUCGAGGUGGAGGAGCCUGACGAGGAGGAAGAAGAGGAGGAGGAGGAGGAGGAGGAAGAGGAGUUAAUGGAGGACAUGGAAGAGGGGGAUGAGAUGGAGGAGGCCUCCGAAGCGUCUGUGUCGGAGAGGACGGAAAACCUAGAGGAUGAGAACAAAAACAUUCCGGAGAAGGACGAGAUGCCUGCAGAGGCUCCACCCAAAAAGCGAAUCCGUCCCACAUUUAAGGAGGCUGCGCUGAGGGCCUACAGGAAGCAGAUGGAUGAGCUGCAGCAGCAGAUCCUGGCUGGAGAAAAACCUCCACCACACAACAAGCCUCUCAAUGUGCUGGAUCCCAAAGUACUGGGCCUACAGGCUGUCGGAGGAGCUGGCUGCAUUCUUUAUGGCAUUGACAGCAUGCCAGAUUUACGCCGCAAGAGGACCUUACCUAUUGUCCGAGACCUGGCUAUGACUCUCGCUGCUCGAAAGGCAGGCAUCUCGUUCGCCCUGGUGACUAGAUCGACCCUGAACAACGAGGACCUGAAACUGCACGUGUUUAGGAAGACGUUGCAGGCGUUGAUCUAUCCCAUCUCGUCUACGACGCCUCAUAACUUUGAGGUGUGGACGGCUACCGCCCCAACCUACUGCCACGAGUGUGAGGGCCUGCUGUGGGGCAUCGCCAGGCAGGGUAUGCGCUGCUCUGAGUGUGGUGUCAAAUGCCACGAGAAGUGUCAGGAUCUACUCAACGCCGACUGUCUGCAGAGGGCGGUUGAGAAGAGUUCUAAGCAUGGCGCUGAGGACAAGACCCUGAACAUCAUCAUGGCCAUGAAGGAGAGGAUGAAGAUCAGGGAGAAGAACCGUCCUGAGGUGUUUGAGGUCAUCCAGGAGAUGUUUGGGAUCUCUAAAGAAGACUUCACUGGACACCUGAAGACUGCCAAGCAAGCAGUGCUGGAGGGAACAUCCAAGUGGUCCGCCAAGAUCAACAUCACAGUGAUGUGUGCCCAGGGUCUGCAGGCCAAGGAUAAGACAGGUUCCAGUGACCCCUAUGUGACUGUCCAGGUAGGGAAGACCAAACGGCGUACCAAGACCAUCUUUGGGAACCUCAACCCUGUCUGGGACGAGAAGUUCUUCUUUGAGUGUCACAACGCUACAGACCGGAUCAAGGUGCGUGUGUGGGAUGAGGAUGAUGACAUCAAGUCUCGCAUGAAACAACACUUCAAACGAGAGUCAGACGACUUCCUGGGUCAGACCAUCAUCGAGGUCCGCAUGCUCAGCGGGGAGAUGGAUGUGUGGUACAACCUAGAUAAGAGAACUGAUAAGUCGAUGGUGUCGGGAGCCAUCAGAUUGAAGCUCAACGUGGAGAUGAAGGGAGAGGAGAAAGUAGCUCCGCCCCACGGCCAGUACACCUGUUUACAUGAGAACCUGUUCCACCACCUGACGGAGGUAAAGAACAGUGGAGCGGUGAAGAUCCCAGAGGUGAAAGGAGAGGAGGCGUGGAAGGUCUACUAUGACGACGUGUCCCAGGAGAUAGUGGACGAGUUCGCCAUGAGAUACGGAGUAGAGUCCAUCUACCAGGCCAUGACGCAUUUCUCCUGUCUGUCCUCUAAGUACAUGUGUCCGGGGGUCCCAGCGGUGAUGAGUAACCUGCUAGCCAACAUCAACGCCUACUUUGCCCACACCACCACCGUCUCAACCAACAUCUCUGCCUCCGACCGCUUCGCUGCAUCCAACUUUGGGAGAGAAAAAUUUGUCAAACUUCUAGAUCAGCUGCACAACUCUCUGAGGAUUGAUCUAUCCAAGUACCGGGAUAAUUUCCCAGCUGGUAACCCAGAGCGUCUCCAGGACCUGAAGUCUACUGUGGACCUUCUCACCAGCAUCACCUUCUUCAGGAUGAAGGUUCAGGAGCUACAGAGUCCUCCCAGAGCCAGUAUGGUGGUGAAGGACUGUGUCAGGGCCUGUCUAGACUCAACAUACAAAUACAUCUUUGACAACUGUCAUGAACUCUACAACCAGCUACUAGACCAGGCCCGUAAACAGAAUCUUCCCCGGGAGGAGCAGGGUCCGUCUAUAAAGAACCUGGACUUCUGGCCCAAGCUCAUCACUCUCAUGGUGUCUGUGAUCGAUGAGGACCGCACCGCCUACACCCCUGUCAUCAACCAAUUUCCCCAAGAGCUGAAUAUGGGGAAGGUCAGCGCUGAGUUCAUAUGGAACCUGUUUGCCCUGGACAUGAAAUACGCCAUGGAAGAGCACGAUAAGCACCGUCUAUGCAAGAGCACAGAAUACAUGAACCUUCACUUUAAAGUCAAGUGGUUCCACAACGAGUACGUCCGUGAACUGGCUGCCUUCAAGGACACACCCCCUGAGUAUUCUCUGUGGUUCGAGCCGUUUGUCAUUCAGUGGCUGUCUGAGAAUGAGGAUGUUGCCAUGGACUUCCUACACGGAGCUCUGGGGAGCGACAAGAAGCUUGGUUUCCAGCCAACGUCAGAACAUGUCCUGUUCUCCUGUUCGGUGGUGGAUGUGUUCACUCAGCUCAACCAGAGUUUUGAGAUCAUUAAGAAGCUGGAGUGCCCCAACCCACAGGCCCUGGCUCACUUCAUGUGCCGCUUUGCUAAGACCAUCAACAAGGUUCUGUUGCAGUAUGCUGCAAUCAUAACCAAGGAUUUUGGCUUGUAUCUGAACCAGGAGAAAGUGCCCUGCAUCCUCAUCAACAACAUCCAGCAGCUCAGAGUUCAGCUGGAGAAGAUGUUUGAGUCCAUGGGAGGCAAGCAGGAGGAGGGGGCUGUGUCCUUUUGCAAGCUGGAUGCUGAGGCCAGUGAACUACUGAAAGAACUGCAGAACAAACUCAACACCGUGCUGGAUGAGCUCAGUGCAGUCUUCGGCUCCAGUUUCAAACCGGUGAUUGAGGACUGUGUAAAGCAGAUGAACCAGGAAUUAGUCCAGAUGAAGGGGAGUGCUGCAGGGAAGAGCAACGCUGCCAUGGAUGCUGAGACUGUCCUCAGACCACUCAUGGACCUCCUGGAUAAAAAUUUGAUUUUAUUUGCAAAGAUCUGUGAGAAGACGGUGUUGAAACGAGUCCUGAAGGAACUGUGGAAGAUCGUCAUCAUCACUAUUGAGAGAAUGAUAGUCUUACCACCUCUCAAUGACCAGAAUCAAGGAGCACAGAUGAUUUUCAGUGCUGCCAAGGACCUGGGACAGCUAUCCAAACUCAAGGACCAUGUGAUCAGAGAGGAAGCCCGUAGCCUGACACCAAGACAGUGUGCAGCCAUGGACCUUGUCCUUCCCACCAUCAAGCAAUAUUUCCACGCCGGAGGAAACGGUCUGAAGAAGACGUUCCUUGAGAAGAGCCCUGACCUCAAGUCCCUCAAAUACGCUCUGAGCCUUUACACACAGCCUACUGAUGCCUUGAUCAAGAAGUAUAUAUGCACCCAAACCUCUCAAGGUCAGUCUACCGACAGCUCCGUGGGGGAGGUGUCCAUGCAAGUGGAUCUUAUCUCUCACCCUGGCACCGGAGAACACAAAGUCAACGUGAAGGUGGUGGGGGUCAACAACCUAAGCUGGCAGACCAAUGCCAUGUUCCGACCGUUCGUGGAGGUGAAUGCGGUUGGGCCGCACCUCACCGACAAGAAACGCAAGUUCACCACCAAGACCAAGAACAACAAUUGGUCACCAAAGUACAAUGAAACAUUCCAAUAUGUUCUGAGCAAUGAGUACGGUCCAGAGUGCUACGAGCUGCACGUCUCAGUGAAGGACUACUGCUUCGCCAGAGAGGACCGUAUCAUCGGCAUGGCGGUGCUCCAGCUCAGAGACCUGGCCGACCAGGGGAGCUGCUGUGCCUGCUACCCCCUGGUGAAGAGCAUCUCCAUGGACGACACCGGACUCACCAUCAUGAGGAUACUCUCUCAAAGGACCAAUGACGAAGUGGCCAAAGAGUUUUGUCGUCUGAAAACCGACGUACGCUCUUCAGAGGAGGUGGCCUCCUAGUAUGGAGAUGUGAGGGAGGAAGGGAUGGAAUGAAUGGAUGACUGCAUGGAAGGGAUGAGAGGAGGUGGCCUCCUAGUAUGGAGAUGUGAGGGAGGAACAGAUGGAAUGAAUGGAUGAUUGGUAUGACUGCAUGGAAGGGAAGAGAGGAGGUGGCCUCCUAGUAUGGAGAUGUGAGUGAGGAAGGGAUGGAAUGAAUGGAUGACUGCAUGGAAGGGAAGAGAGGAGGUGGCCUCCUAGUAUGGAGAUGUGAGUGAGGAAGGGAUGGAAUGAAUGGAUGACUGCAUGGAAGGGAAGAGAGGAGGUGGCCUCCUAGUAUGGAGAUGUGAGGGAGGAAGGGAUGGAAUGAAUGGAUGACUGCAUGGAAGGGAAGAGAGGACGUGGCCUCCUAGUAUGGAGAUGUGAGGGAGGAAGGGAUGGAAUGAAUGGAUGACUGCAUGGAAGGGAAGAGAGGAGGUGGCCUCCUAGUAUGGAGAUGUGAGGGAGGAAGGGAUGGAAUGAAUGGAUGACUGCAUGGAAGGGAAGAGAGGAGGUGGCCUCCUAGUAUGGAGAUGUGAGGGAGGAAGGGAUGGAAUGAAUGGAUGACUGCAUGGAAGGGAAGAGAGGAGGUGGCCUCCUAGUAUGGAGAUGUGAGGGAGGAAUGGAUGGAAUGAAUGGAUGACUGCAUGGAAGGGAAGAGAGGACGUGGCCUCCUAGUAUGGAAAUGUGAGGGAGGAAGGGAUGGAAUAAAUGGAUGACUGCAUGGAAGGGAAGAGAGGAGGUGGCCUCCUAGUAUGGAGAUGUGAGGGAGGAAGGGAUGGAAUGAAUGGAUGAUUGGUAUGACUGCAUGGAAGGGAAGAGAGGAGGUGGCCUAGUAUGGAGAUGUGAGGGAGGAAGGGAUGGAAUGAAUGGAUGACUGCAUGGAAGGGAAGAGAGGAGAGGAAGAGUGGGAGGGAGGCACGGGGAAGGAAGGGAUGGAAUGAAUGGAUGACUGCAUGGAAGGGAAGAGAGGAGGGGAAGAGUGGGAGGGAGGCACGGGGAAGGAAGGGAUGGAAUGAAUGGAUGACUGCAUGGAAGGGAAGAGAGGAGGGGAAGAGUGGGAGGGAGGCACGGGGAAGGAAGGGAUGGAAUGAAUGGAUGACUGCAUGGAAGGGAAGAGAGGAGGGGAAGAGUGGGAGGGAGGCACGGGGAAGGAAGGGAUGGAAUGAAUGGAUGACUGCAUGGAAGGGAAGAGAGGAGGGGAAGAGUGGGAGGGAGGAAGGGAUGGAAUGAAUGGAU